GGUCCUCGUGGUCCUCAAGGGAUUGAUGGUGAACCUGGUAUUCCUGGCCAGCCUGGUGACCCUGGUCCUCCAGGGCAUCCUGCCCACCCAGGACCAGAUGGACUAAGCAGGCCAUUUUCAGCUCAGAUGGCAGGACUGGAUGAGAAGUCUGGACUUGGUAGUCAGAUGGGACUGAUGCCUGGUGCAGUGGGUCCAGUGGGUCCAAGAGGUCCUCAAGGUCUCCAAGGAAAACAAGGUGGUGCUGGCCCGGCAGGCCCCCCUGGUGAACCUGGGGAUCCAGGACCUAUGGGUCCAGUUGGUUCUCGUGGACCUGAGGGACCUCCAGGCAAACCUGGUGAAGAUGGUGAACCUGGUAGACCAGGACAAACUGGUGAGCCUGGAUUUCCGGGAUCUCCAGGGCCUCGAGGCUUUCCUGGUGCUCCUGGUCUCCCAGGUCUCAAGGGUCACAGGGGAUUGAAAGGACUUGAUGGUCCAAAAGGUGAAAUUGGAGCAGCAGGAGCAAAGGGAGAAUCCGGACCAACAGGUGCCAUGGGUCCAACAGGUCCUGUAGGACCUAGAGGAAUGCCAGGAGAAAGAGGUCGAAUUGGACCACAGGGUGCCCCUGGUGGACGUGGCCAGCACGGUAUGCCUGGGAAGCCAGGACCAAUGGGCCCACUUGGCAUAACUGGUUCUCCAGGUUUUCCAGGUGCCCCUGGUGUAAAGGGUGAAGCAGGUCCAACAGGUCCUCGUGGUCCUGAAGGUCCUCAAGGACAAAGAGGUGAAACAGGUCCACAGGGCCCAGCUGGAUCACAAGGUCUUCCUGGCGCCGAAGGGACGGAUGGUUCCCCAGGUGCUAAGGGCCCAACUGGAUCUCCAGGCACUGGAGGCCCACCUGGCUUACCAGGUCCACCUGGUUCCCCGGGACCACAAGGCAGUACUGGCCCACCUGGUAUCCGAGGGCAGCCGGGUGACCCUGGUGUCCCGGGUUUCAAGGGAGAAGCAGGACCCAAAGGUGAACCUGGCCCACAAGGUCCCCAGGGUCCCAUUGGCCCUAUAGGUGAAGAAGGGAAAAGAGGUCCUCGGGGUGAUCCAGGGUCAGUAGGUCCACCAGGUCCUGUUGGAGAGAGGGGUGCACCUGGUAAUCGUGGUUUUCCAGGUUCUGAUGGCUUGCCUGGACCAAAGGGUGCCCAAGGGGAGCGUGGUCCAGCAGGUUCUUCUGGUCCUAAAGGAGGUCAGGGAGAUCCUGGGCGUCCUGGUGAACCUGGUCUCCCAGGUGCAAGGGGUUUGACAGGAAAUCCAGGUGUCCAAGGCCCUGAAGGAAAACUUGGCCCCUUGGGUGCUCCUGGAGAAGAUGGACGUCCAGGUCCAGCAGGUUCAAUAGGAAUCAGAGGUCAGCCAGGCAGCAUGGGCCUGCCUGGGCCAAAGGGUAGUAGUGGUGAUCCUGGAAAGCCUGGAGAAGCAGGCAAUGCAGGUGUUCCAGGGCAGAGGGGAGCCCCUGGUAAAGAUGGUGAAGUUGGUCCUUCUGGUCCUGUUGGCCCACCAGGUCUGGCAGGAGAAAGAGGAGAACAAGGCCCUCCAGGUCCUACAGGGUUUCAGGGCUUGCCAGGACCACCAGGUCCUCCAGGUGAGGGAGGAAAGCCAGGUGAUCAGGGUGUGCCUGGAGACCCUGGAGCUGUUGGUCCGUUGGGCCCUAGGGGAGAACGUGGCAAUCCAGGGGAAAGGGGGGAACCAGGUGCAUCAGGACUCCCAGGUGAAAAGGGUAUGGCUGGAGGUCAUGGUCCUGAUGGUCCAAAGGGAAGCCCAGGCCCUAGUGGGACACCUGGUGACCCAGGCCCACCGGGUCUCCAAGGUAUGCCUGGAGAAAGAGGGAUCGCUGGAACACCUGGCCCCAAGGGCGAUAGAGGCGGUGUAGGUGAGAAAGGUGCUGAAGGUACGGCUGGCAAUGAUGGGGCAAGAGGUCUCCCUGGUCCAAUAGGUCCAAUGGGUCCAGCAGGUCCCACUGGUGAAAAGGGCGAACCAGGUCCUCGAGGUUUAGUUGGUCCUCCUGGCUCCCGUGGAAACCCUGGUUCCCGAGGAGAAAAUGGCCCAACUGGCGCUGUUGGUUUUGCUGGUCCGCCGGGCCCUGAUGGUCAGCCAGGUGUGAAAGGUGAACCUGGAGAACCUGGACAGAAAGGAGAUGCUGGAUCUCCAGGACCACAGGGUCUCGCUGGGUCUCCCGGUCCACCAGGUCCUCCAGGUGUUCCUGGUCUGAAAGGUGGUAGAGGAACUCAGGGUCCACCUGGUGCUACUGGAUUCCCAGGGUCUGCUGGAAGAGUUGGGCCGCCAGGACCUACUGGAGCUCCAGGGCCUGCUGGGCCUAUUGGCGAGCCAGGAAAAGAAGGUCCCCCAGGUCUUCGUGGUGAUCCUGGUUCUCAUGGCCGUGUGGGAGAACGAGGGCCAGCCGGGCCCCCAGGUGGUCCUGGAGACAAGGGUGACGCAGGGGAAGAUGGGCAGCCGGGCCCAGAUGGCCCCCCUGGUCCGGCAGGAACUACUGGUCAAAGAGGUAUUGUUGGUAUGCCAGGACAGCGGGGGGAAAGAGGCAUGCCAGGGCUGCCAGGUCCUGCAGGUACACCCGGAAAACAAGGUCCCACAGGGCCACCUGGUGAUAAAGGUCCCCCAGGACCUAUUGGCCAGUCAGGUGCCACUGGACCUGUAGGGGAAGCUGGUCCAGAAGGACCUGCUGGUAAUGAUGGUACUCCUGGACGAGAUGGAGCUGUUGGAGAACGUGGUGAUCGUGGUGAACCUGGCCCUGCAGGCCUACCAGGUUCCCCAGGUGGUCCAGGAACUCCAGGUCCCGUUGGCCCUCCGGGAGAUGCAGGUCAAAGAGGCGAAACUGGUUCUCGAGGUCCAAUGGGUCCCCCAGGUCGAGCAGGAAAAAGAGGUUUGCCUGGUCCCCAAGGACCUCGUGGUGACAAAGGUGACAAUGGAGAUAGAGGUGACAGGGGCCAGAAAGGACACAGAGGUUUCACUGGGCUUCAAGGUCUUCCUGGUCCUCCUGGCCCUAUCGGUGAACAGGGCAGUCCUGGCAUUCCAGGCCCAUUUGGUCCUCGGGGUCCUCCAGGUCCAGUUGGUCCUUCCGGCAAAGAUGGAAGUCCCGGUCCACUUGGGCCAAUUGGACCUCCUGGUGUUAGAGGAAGUGUAGGAGAAGCUGGACCUGAGGGUCCCCCAGGUGAUCCUGGCCCUCCCGGCCCCCCAGGACCUCCAGGCCAUCUCACUGCUGCCAUUGGCGACAUCAUGGGGCACUAUGACGAUGCUAUGGCAGAUCCGCUACCAGAGUUUACCGAAGAUGAAGCAGCCCCAGAUGACCACAAUAAAACAGACCCCGGAGUCCAUGCCACACUGAAGUCUCUGAGCAGCCAGAUUGAGACUAUGCGCAGCCCAGAUGGUUCAAAGAAACACCCAGCGCGAACUUGUGAUGACCUGAAGCUGUGCCACCCAGAAUCACAUUUUAUGUUCUUUGUAGGUGAAUACUGGAUUGAUCCUAACCAGGGAUGUGUUGAAGACGCUAUAAAAGUAUAUUGCAAUAUGGAAACUGGAGAGACCUGUAUUUCUGCAAACCCAUCUAGUAUACCACGUAAAACAUGGUGGGCCAGCAGGUCACCUGAUGUAAAGCCCGUUUGGUAUGGCCUCGAUAUGAACAGGGGAUCACAGUUUGUGUAUGGGGAUACAGCUGUCACUCAGAUGACAUUCCUGCGCCUCCUUUCAAAGGAAGCUUCCCAGAACAUCACUUACCUUUGUAGAAACAGCAUUGGGUACAUGGAUGACCAGACUAAGAACCUGAAAAAAGCUGUAAUUCUGAAAGGGGCCAAUGACCUGGAGAUCAAAGCGGAGGGAAACAGCCGAUUCAGAUACACCGUUCUGCAUGACAGCUGUUCUAAACGUAAUGGGAACGUGGGCAAGACCGUCUUUGAGUACAGAACACAGAACGUGGCACGCUUACCUAUCAUCGAUAUCGCACCGGUGGACAUCGGCAGCACUGACCAGGAGUUUGGAAUUGAAAUUGGGCCAGUUUGCUUUGUGUAAGAGGAAGGGGGGAAAUUAACACACUACCCAGCAACAGCAGCAAUUAAACACAUGAACUUAGACUGAUUGAAGUUAAUCCUGAGACUCUUGAAGUAAUGGCUGAUACCGGAUCAGCAUUGUAUAUACAGUUCUUUUUAAAUGCCCAGCCUCCUUUCGAGUAUUUAUUUUACUUACAAACCUUCUGUUUUAAAUGAUUGAAAUCAACUUUUUAGUACAACAGUAUAAUUUUAAGAGGAUCAAUGACCACCUUUUAAAAGUAAUAUGCAUCUUUUUCCUCACUUUUGUUUCAAAUUAUUUCAAAAUUUAGAGGUAUUCAAAAUAGAUAGUUUUAAUAUGGGACUACAUAAAGCUCUAAGGAUUAUUUCUUCUGCUUGGAUGCAUACUGAGUAACAGAAAAGUAGAGCACUUUUGUGAACCGUUGGCUAUAUUUCAGUCAUACCUGCUCCCUCAACCCCAGUUUGUCUUCCUGUGGUUGCCAGUGUGAUAGUCAUUAACAGAAAUCUAUGUCAUUUGUGGAAGACAAUCUCUUCAGACAAGAUCAUCUUAAUUUGGCAUUGUCUUUCCUGCACUUUCCUACGGAACAAUCUGCUCA